UGGUUGUCGGCACAAAUAACAAUUGUACGUGUGCGUUUUGUAAUAAAUAACGAGAGGAUGUGUUCGAUGAUAUAUACAAAUCAUGUACAUACUUCCUUUUUAUGACGUACUUAUCGCUUUAUUCUGUUGUCGGCUUUACAACUACGAAUUUCCAAUUACAUUUAGAUAAAAGUUAAUUAUUAUCGAUUCAACAAGUUUGUCUAGUCAUUUGCUUUUUCAAUAUGUGCACGGAUCGUGUUAUCAUCUUAGGAGGCUGUGGUUUUAUCGGACGUCACAUUGUUAAAUAUUUAGUUGACAAUAAUUUGGUUACAGCUAUAAGAGUUGUAGACAAGGUACCACCACAAAUAGCUUGGAUGAAUAACACUCAUAAAAAAGCUUUUGAAUCACCACUGGUUGAAUUUUGUAGUGCUAACCUAAUACACCAAAGUUCUUGUGAAAAUGCAUUAAAUGGAUCUUUUGAUUAUGUUAUUAAUUGUGCUGGAGAAACUCGAGUAGAUUUACCUGAUGCAAUCUAUGAAGAAAGUAUUCUUAAACUUAGCAUGAACUGUGCUAAUGCAGCAGCAAAAUUUGGUAUCAAACGUUAUAUAGAAAUAUCUAGUGGUCAAUUCACCACAAACCAUAAAGGACCAUAUAAAGAAGAUGAAAAAGCUACACCUAUAACUUCUAUUGCAAAGUAUAAAUAUUUAGUUGAAGAUAAAUUAAAAGAUGUUUUGGGCUUAAAUUAUACAAUUGUACGCCCUGCUAUUGUUUAUGGUAUUGGUGACAAAUGUGGCCUUACACCGAAUCUAGUUAUUGGUUCAUUGUAUCGAAACUUUGGCGAACCUAUCAGAAUAUUAUGGAAGGGUAGUACACCUUGUAAUACGGUUCAUGUUGAAGAUGUUUGUAGAGCUAUUUGGCAUUUAUUAAAAUUACCAAAUGCUAAUAGAGAAGUCUAUAAUAUUGUUGAUGAUGGAAAUACUACACAGGCAACAAUUGCUGAUAUUGUUUCAUUAAUAUUCGGAAUUAAGCAUGAGUUUUUAGGCACUCUUAUUUCCUCAUUAUGUCAAAAUGAUUUAGAUAGCAUUGCAGUUGAAGCAAAUGAUAAACAUUCCAUACCAUGGGCCGAAGCUUGUUCAAAAUCUGAUGUUAAUAGUACUCCAUUAUCACCAUUUAUACAAAAAGAUCAUUUAAUAGGUUACCGUGUUCAUAUGAAUGGUUCAAAAUUAAAUAAAACAGGUUUUACUAUGAAAUAUCCUAUUAUUACAGAAGAUCUUUUAAAGGAGGUUGUUCAUGAUUUUGUAAAGAUGAAUUUGUUUCCAAAAACAUUAUUAGACUAAAUAUGCUGAUGUUACCAAUUAUUAUAAUAUUUUUUUAUUAUUGUAAAACAAAUUUACUGUGAUAUGUUUAAUUAUUUUUAUCCUUUUUAAUUAAUGAUAAAAAAUAUUCAUGUAAUUAUUUCUAAUGAUUUAGGGUCAUUAACUCUUACAUUAUAAAGAUGUUUUAAAAGAUUUUACCUUAUAUUAUUAAGCGAAUUGGGCCAAAGAUUGAUGAAAGAAAAUAAGUUAUUUCAUAUUUUUAUUGUUUUGA